CUGCCUAGCAUCAGUCUUACUCGAAUUGCGCACUCGCUCGGUCCACGCAAUGAUCACGAUCGCUAUAGUUCUAAUAGUGCUCGUCGCGCUAUACCUUUAUAAUGUCAGAACAUUUGACUACUGGGAAAAACGAGGUGUUAAACACGACAAACCAGUGCUACUCUUUGGCAACAAUGCCGACAACUAUCUUAUGCGUAAAAGCCUUACCGAAAAAGCUGUCGAAAUGUAUUGGAAAUAUCCUAACGAAAGAAUCGUAGGCUUCUUUAGAUCCACUAGGCCAGAGCUCGUAAUAAGGGAUCCGGAGAUUGUGAAGCAUUUGUUGGUUAGCGAUUUUUAUCACUUUUAUCCGCGCGGUCUUAUCUUUAAUAGAAAAUAUAUUGAGCCAAUUUUGCGGAACUUGUUUUUUGCGGAUGGAGACCUAUGGCGGUUGUUGAGGCAGCGUAUGACGCCGGCAUUCACCAGCGGCAAGCUGAAGGCGAUGUUCCCGCUGAUCGUAGAGCGCGCAGAGCGGUUGCAGGAGCGCGCCCUCGCUGCUGCCGCUGGUGCCCAUACCAUCGACGCCCGUGACCUCAUGGCCCGCUACACUACCGACUUCAUUGGCGCCUGCGGCUUUGGCAUUGAUGCCGACUCGCUCAACGAAGAGGAAUCAGCUUUUCGAAAAUUAGGCGCUAGCAUCUUUAAAAUCGAUACCAUGCGUUUUAUUAUUUUGAUCUUAAAAGAGUUUAUGCCCGGAUUGUUCUACCCUUUAAAACAAAUGGGUCAGAUAGAGAAGAGCAUAAAAGAACUGGUAGGUGCAAUUUUAAAGGAAAGAAAAUAUGAACCGUCAAGCAGGCAUGACUUUAUCGAUCUUCUGAUAGAAAGCAAGAACAAAGGGUUAAUGACAGGAAAAUCAAUAGAACAUAUGAAACCCGAUGGAACUCCAGAGGUUGUUAGUCUAGAAAUUGAUGAAGAGUUGAUGGCUGCUCAAGUAUUUAUAUUCUUCGCUGCUGGGUUUGAGACGUCGUCUUCGGCCACAAGUUUUACUUUACACCAAUUGGCUUAUAACCCUGAUGUACAGAAAAAAGUACAAGAGGAAAUUGACAGGGUUCUUGCUGAGCACAAUAAGAAGCUCAGUUACGAUGCUGUGAAAGAAAUGACUUAUCUAGAUUGGACAUUUAAAGAGGGCAUGAGGAUGUUUCCAUCACUUGGAUUCCUAAUAAGGGAGUGUGCCCGUAAAUAUACUAUCCCGGAGACUGAUGUCACUAUGGACGAAGGAGUUCGCAUUUUCGUACCUUUACAGGCUUUGCAUAUGGACGCUAAGUACUUCGAGAAUCCUGACGAGUUCCGGCCGGAGAGGUUUAGUCCAGAAGAGUUUAAUUCGGUGCAGAAGAGUAUCUAUUUGCCGUUUGGUGUUGGUCCUCGCGCAUGCAUCGGUGAGAGGCUGGGCUUGAUGCAAUCUUUGGCGGGGUUGGCGGCCAUCCUCUCAAAGUUUACGGUAUCACCGGCACCAGAAACCGUGCGGCGGCCUAAAGUGGAACCCAAGUCGGGCGUCGUGCAGAGUAUAAAAGGAGGUCUGCCUUUAAUGUUCAAGAAGAGAAAGUAAAC